AGCCGAAAAGACCUCCACGCAUCAGUCGUGCUGCAAAACCUACUAAUUCAUUUACAACAUAAUCAGUUACAGGACCAUAUCACUCUGUUAUGCGUUUGUGUGUAUGGUGCGCAAAUAUAAUUUAAGCUGCAUUGACAAUUAGCCUUUGAUUUAACAGUUGUCAUUGAGAUUUGUUUAUUUUAGCCAGUACGGGACGUAAUUUUAUACAGUUGCCAGUUUUUCGUGAUGGGUUUGACAAGAUGAUUGGCCAACGACUUCUCAUGCAAACAACCUAACUUGAUCUCUCAGCAUCUAAGGGGCAGACGUUGGGUGGUAGACCUACGGCAGGAUGAGUGGGAUCCUGAAGAGGAAGUUUGAGGAGGUGGAGGUGGACAGCCCCUCCCCCUGCCUCUCUCUCCGGGGGUCCGAUGACGAGGUCUCUGCCGGCAGCGACAGCGGGAACAGCAGCGACAGCGUCAACCCAGGCACCUCCACCCCCGUCGCCCCCGCUUCUAUCUUGAGGCGUGAGAAGCGUCUGCUGGUACGCAAUGUGCACUUUGAGAGUGUGACGGUGUACUACUUCAGCCGGCGCCAGGGCUUCACUAGUGUGCCCACGCAGGGCGGCAGCACCCUGGGCAUGUCCACGCGCCACAGCUGGGUGCAGCGCUACACUCUGGGGGAGUUCGCUGUGGAGCAGGAGAGAAGCCACCGAGACAUGCUGCGAGACCACCUCAAAGAGGAGAAACUCAACUCCAUAAAACUCAAGCUGACCAAUAAUGGCACUGUUGAGUCGGACGAGGCCGAGUCGCUGACCCUGGACGAUAUCUCAGAGGACGACAUCGACCUGGACAACACGGAGGUGGACGAGUACUUCUUCCUGCAGCCGAUGACCACCAGGCGGCGCCGCGCUCUCCUCCGGGAGUCCGGGGUGCGACGCAUCGACGUGGAGGAGAAGCACGAGCUGCGGGCCAUCCGGGUGUCCCGGGAGGAGUGCGGCUGUGACUGCAGGGGGCUGUGCAACCCCGCGACCUGCGCUUGCAGCCUGGCCGGCAUCAAGUGCCAGGUAAAUGGAGCUGUGGUAGAUCGAAUGUCAUUCCCAUGCGGUUGCAGCAAGGAGGGCUGCAGUAACAGCACAGGCCGCAUCGAGUUCAACCCCAUCCGUGUUCGUACCCACUUCCUGCACACCAUCAUGAAGCUGGAGCUGGAAAAGAGCCGCGAGCAACAACAACAACCACAGGUCACCAAUGGCAAUGGUUACCAUGGAGAACUACCAGUCAACGUCCCUGUCCAGCGUGCUCUGCAGUACCCCCUGAUGUCUGACAACAUCCCAGUCCUGCAGGCUCCCAUCAUGCACCUGCCAAGCGCCAGCGACGCAGAGCAGCAUCUAGAAGAGGAAGUAGACGAAGAUGAGGAAGACGAUGAGGAGGAGUACGAGGAUGAGGACGAUGGUAGUAGUUUAUGUAGCGGCCUCUCUGACUGCAGCACCGACAGCCUGCACACUAGUGACUCUGAGGAGGAAGAAGAGGAGGAGGAGGAAGAUGACUGUGAGUCUAUGGAGGAGGGAGUGAGUGGACCCCCAGUCUAUCACACAGAGGUGGUUCCUCUCUCCUCUGUGUUGGGUUACACUGAUGUCACACACACCAACACCAACCAUGCUAACCCCAACUCAUACUACCACAACCCUUUAUCAGGGUACUACCAUAUGGACAACUCAGCCAACUUGAACCCCACACCCAAAGCCCCUAGUGAAGCUUCCUCACUCCCCCUCUCACUCCCCAAUAGGCAGGGGGCCACGGAUGGCCCCACAGUCGUGUCACAGGAGCAGCCUAAAACCACCUCCGAGCCGCACACAGACCACCUCAGCCAGAUAGAGCGACUGUAUAUGCAUUUUCCCCACACUGACAAAGCACCAGCAGCCAACGCCUGUUCCUCAGCCCCGCAGCAGAGCAACACUCCCCACAGUGGGGAGACUAGUACACUACACCAUGAGCAGCCCUAUCAGACACAGGUUAGCGUUUUUCAUAAUGAAUCUUGUUCUAGAGGCAACUCUGCGGAGUGGUCACUAGCUGGCACAGCCACAAAGUCAUAAAAUCAGAUUUAAACCUAACCUUAACCCUAAAAGUAACCACACUGCUGACCCUAAUGCCUAACCCUAACCUUAAGAUCAAAGCACAUUUUUGUUUUCAUAUAUUUUUACAAUAUAGCCAACUUUUGACUCAGCAGCUGGCCUAUCUAAAGGGAAAUCGCUCAGUUCUGCCUCCAGGACAAGACUUAUGACAAUAAUUGUAAAUCUGCCUUUCAGACAGACAUGGGCAGUAAUGAUAUUACACUGUCACUGAAGAAUAGCACACGGUCUGAGGUAUCUGUGGGGACUGAGGAGCAGCAAAGCCAGCGUUCUGUCAACAGGCUGGCUGAGGCGUCCUCUCUCCUGCCUGAGAAUAAAAGGGAUCCACCAAUCCUAGAGACUAACACUCGUCACUAGCAUAGUGUCAGGUAGACUUGUGGAGAGUUCAAUGCAACUGGUUAGUGUGAUAAGUAAAGUUAGCAUUCCUUUGCAGCAAGUAUGUACAUUUGGAUUAAUGUGCUGACCAACUUAAUUAAAGGGAUACUACAGGAUGUUGGCAAUGAAGCCCUUUAUCGACUUCCCCAGAUCCAGUUGAACUUGUGGAUACCAUUUUUAUGUCUCUGCAUGUAGUUUGAAAGGAGUCGCUAACUAGCGUUAGCGCAAUGACUGGAAGUCUAUGGUACCAGAUGCUAGCUGUGACCAUAGACUUCCAGUCAUUGCACUAACACGAGUUAGCAAUUGGCUUGCCAAACUACCUCUAACUUCCUUUGUACUGGAUGAAGGAUGCAGGGACAUAAAAAUGGUAUCCAUGAGUUCAUCCGACUGGGGAGGUAGAUAAUGGGCUUCAUUGCCAAAAUCCUAAAGUAUCCAUUAUUAUUAUUAUUAUUAUUUACCAGUGAAACUACAUGAUGUCAAUAUCAAUUCAUUUUCUGCACAGGAAUAAUGGUGUUGUUGACCUAUCCUAGAAACCGGGUCGCCAGUAAUGAUUGAAUAGAACCUGAAGGACGGUGUUUGUUGUUUUUAACUCCUGAUGAAUGUACCUUUUUAAAGUGAAUGAUUAGGUUGCAAAGGCAAGUUGUGGGGUUUUGCCUCAGAAGGAUCUUUGCACAUUAUUGCGCACACAGUUUCCAUGUCCUGGAUCUGAGUGUCUAACAGCUAUUGGACGAUGACUGUGAAAUAGUUAGAAUUAAACAAAAUGAUUCCUUAUUUCAACAAUAUAACCAUGUCGAAUGGGAAAAUGAAAAGAUCAUCUUAUUUGAGUUAAAUGAAUGAGCUAAGAUAGACGCUAGGGCUUGGACAAUAUCAGUAACGCGAUACUUGUUGGUGGCGUGGCAAUGGAACAAAACACGAAGCGGAUUUCACUUAUUUGGGGAAAACAGCCCUAAUGUUGGAAAUAAACAUUAUGUUGUCACCCAGA